AUGCUCUCAUUGAAAACUAUUUCCGCUAGUCUUCUAGCUACCUUUCUCACCUCUCAAGGAGUUCAAGGGUUUACUACGGCUUGCAUAUAUGACUCGUACAAAUGCGGUGUCACCCUAUCAGGAACUGCUUAUGGUUACAAUGACACUGAGCUUAUAACCGCUGUCAAUGCUACCACAGUCAUUCCGCCGCUUACUAUUGCGCAGUUGAGCCAAACAAUCUUCAGGUGUGCAGAUACUUCAGGAACCAUUGUCGCAAACGCGUUUUGUAUAAAUGGCUGCCAAGAUCUUGAGCCCCAUAAUGGCGCUACCUCUAAUGAUCAGUGCACUAUUUAA